CCGGCGAGCCGCGCCAUCGAGGGGGAGGUGUUCGCCGCGGCCGGGAGGGAGACGGCAGGCGGCGUCCCCUUUAAAAGCCGCGAGCGCCGCGCCACGGCGCCGCCGCCGCCGCCGCCGGAGUCUUCGCCCCGCCGCGCUGCGCUGAGCCCGGCUCGCGCUGCGCCCGCCGCUCCGCUUCCCACACCCCGCCGGGGACUGUCAGCCGCCGCCGGACGCCAGCCUCCACGGGCUCCGCCGCCGACCCGAACGACUUCGGGGCGAACGCCUCCGGGAUUACUGGGGUCUCCGAGGCAUCCGCGCGCCGCAGACCGGCUCGGGCUAGAGCGCCCGGCCGUGCGCGCCCCUGCGCCGUGGCCUCAGCUGCCCGGGCCGCGCCGGAGCGAAGGACCGGCGCGCAGAGCGCCCGGGAGCCGAGCCUGAGCGCCGCGAUGCCGAUCGCCUCCUGCGGGAGCUCGGAGGCUAGGGACGCACCGGCCGAAGUGUGAUUGGCCCCCUGACUGGCCGCCAACGCGACCGCAGCUUGGCCCCGGGGGCCAGGAGAGCGCGACCACCCGCCUCGGCGGCCGGGACUCUGCUGGACUCGCCGGAGAAUGCGCCCGAGGACGACGCAGCGCCGGAGCCGCGGGGGUUUCAGCUGGCGAGCGCGGAUGGGGGUGCGCUGGAGUCAGGCAGAGUGAUGCGGGGGGGCAACUCGCCUGGCACCGAGAUCGCCGCUGCGCCCUUCCCCGGACCCCCCGUCGCCCAGGAUGGCUGCUCCGAACCAUGGGCCGCGGCGGAGCUAGCGCGGAGCGCCCUACCUUCGCCCCCCGAGUCCCGGAGCCGGUCCCGCGCGGGGCCACGCGUCCCGCGGGCGCGGGUUCGUAAGGACGACAACAGCACCGACUUUUCCUUUUCCCCUUCCCUUCCCUGCCCCGCACUCCUCCCCCUGCUCGCUGUUGUUGUGUGUCAGCACUUGGCUGGAGACUUCUUGAACUUGCAGGGAGAAUAACUUGUGCUUCCCCACUGCGUGCCGGUGCCUUGGCCCCGGUGGACCGAGCCGUACCGCCUCCGAACCCCGUCGGCCCGCCACUCUUCUGGGCCCGACCGCGAGCCGCCGCUCCCUGCCGGAGGAGAGGAACUGCCCGGCCGGCACCCGGGAGGAGAAGGAGGAGGCAAAGGAAGGGAACUCGCUCCCCGCGCCAGGUCCUUCGGCCAGAGCUUUUUCCAUGUGGAGGCUCUUUCAAUGGACGUGUCCCCGCGUGCUUCUUAGACGGUCUGCGGUCUCCUAAAGGUAUUUUAUUAGGGCUGUUAACACUUCGAUGAUUAAAGAAAGUCAGAGAUCCCCUGGAGAGGAUGCCCCUGGCUUUCACCCGUUAGCUGCCAACCUGUAUGUCCUGCCGUGGGACAUCCCUUCUCCCUUCGUCAAGUUUCUCCAGGAGACCUGCUGUCUCUGCUCGGAGCCGCGUCCCGUUUGGGGCUUGACUGAAAGUUGGGGUUUCUCCCUGUUUGUUUCCAGGAAUUCGAGGGACACCUUGUACUGACAUGUGAAUUCAUAGAUAUUAGCCAUUAACGCAAUCCCAGGAAGAUAGCUUUGUAUCUUGGCUGCAUCAGGGGGAAGGGUCCCGGAUUGGAGUGGCCUGCCCUGGCAUCCCUGAGGUUAGAGGCGUGGGCCACAAGUUGUAGAGGCUUUGGAAGUUGUGGCCUUGAGUUGACCAGGUCUGGAACUCAUAGACUUUGUGUGUGUAUCAGGAAGUUCUAUACAGUGCCUCUGAGGAAGUCACAUGCACCAUUUGUGCGUGUUUUUAUUGCGAGCGAGCGCUGAGCAGUGUGUGCUUGCGUUUGUUUAGAGGACAAACAAGGGGUGUCAGACCCAGUAGUGGUUUUCCCAGGUUCCCCGCACAGUUUCGGCGCGAGUCUCAUAGAAAAUAGAGGUGACAGUCAUUGACGCUGGGGGGGAUGUCAGAGGAAUUAAGAGGGGAAUGGGAGGGAGAAAGCCUGAAGGCUCAGGAACUGGGGCCCUUCCAUUCUCCGAAACGUCCUAGCUUCCGCUGCUCUGAAGUAUCCCCGCAAAUGGCGCAAGCCAGGUCGACCAUGGUGGCCGGGACCCGCUGUCUUCUAGCGUUGCUGCUUCCCCAGGUCCUCCUGGGCGGCGCGGCCAGCCUCAUUCCCGAGCUGGGCCGGAGGAAGUUCGCGGCGUCAGCUGGCCGCUCCUCGUCCCAGCCCUCGGACGACGUCCUGAGCGAGUUCGAGUUGCGGCUGCUCAGCAUGUUCGGCCUGAAGCAGAGACCCACCCCCAGCAGGGACGCUGUGGUGCCCCCCUACAUGCUGGACCUGUACCGCCGGCACUCGGGCCAGCCGGGCGCGCCCGCCCCGGACCACCGGCUGGAGAGGGCAGCUAGCCUCGCCAACACGGUGCGCAGCUUCCACCACGAAGAAUCUUUGGAAGAACUGCCUGAAAUGAGUGGAAAAACAACCCGGCGAUUCUUCUUCAACUUAACUUCCAUCCCCACCGAGGAGUUUAUCACCUCAGCCGAACUUCAGGUUUUUCGGGAACAGAUGCAGGAAACUUUGGAAAACAAUAGCAGUUUCCAUCACCGAAUAAAUAUUUAUGAAAUUAUAAAACCUGCAGCAGGCAACUCGAAGUUCCCCGUGACCAGACUUUUGGACACCAGGUUGGUGAAUCAGAAUGCCAGCAGAUGGGAGAGUUUCGACGUCACCCCUGCGGUGAUGCGGUGGACCGCGCAGAGACUCGCCAACCACGGGUUCGUAGUGGAAGUGGCCCACUUAGAGGAGAACCCGGGUGUCUCCAAGAGACACGUUAGGAUUAGCAGGUCUUUGCACCAAGACGAGCACAGCUGGUCCCAAAUCAGACCGCUGUUGGUAACGUUUGGCCAUGAUGGGAAAGGACGUCCUCUGCACAAAAGAGAAAAGCGUCAAGCGAAACACAAGCAGCGCAAACGCCUCAAGUCCAGCUGUAAGCGGCACCCUCUGUAUGUGGACUUCAGCGACGUGGGGUGGAAUGACUGGAUCGUAGCCCCCCCAGGGUAUCAUGCCUUUUACUGCCAUGGGGAGUGCCCCUUUCCCCUGGCCGAUCACCUGAACUCCACUAAUCACGCCAUUGUUCAGACGUUGGUCAACUCCGUUAACUCUAAGAUUCCUAAGGCGUGCUGUGUCCCCACGGAACUGAGUGCUAUCUCCAUGCUGUACCUUGACGAAAACGAAAAGGUCGUAUUAAAGAACUAUCAGGACAUGGUUGUGGAGGGUUGCGGGUGUCGUUAGCACAGCAAAAUAAAAUAAAUAUAUAUAUAUAUAUAUAUAUUUUAGGAGAAAAAAAAAAACCCCAAGUUGACACUUUAAUAUUUCCCAAUGAAGACUUUAUUUAUGGAAUGGAAUGGAGAGAGAAAAAAAACCCACAGCUAUUUUGAAAAAUAUAUUUAUAUCUACGAAAAGAAGUUGGGAAAACAAAUAUUUUAAUCAGAGAAUUAUUCCUUAAAGAUUUUAAAAUGUAUUUAGUUGUACAUUUUAUAUGGGUUCAACCCCAGCACAUGAAGUAUAAUGGUCAGAUUUAUUUUGUAUUUAUUUACUAUUAUAACCACUUUUUAGGAAAAAUAGCUAAUUUGUAUUUAUAUGUAAUCAAAAGAAGUAUUGGGUUUGUACAUAAUUUUCCAAAAAUUGUAGUUGUUUUCAGUUGUGUGUAUUUAAGAUGAAAAGUCUACAUGGAAGGUUACUCUGGCAAAGUGCUUAGCACAUUUGCUUUUUGCAGUGCUACUGUUAAGGUCACAAGUUCAAGUCCAGAAAAAAAAAAAAAAGUGGAUAAUCUACUCUGCUGACUUUCAAGAUUAUUAUAUUAUUCAAUUCUCAGGAAUGUUGCAGAGUGGUUGUCCAGUCCAUGAGAACUUAAUGUCCUUAUUAGGUGGAAUAUUUGGAUAAGAACCAGACAAUGCUGAUCUAAUAUAGAAACCCUUCCCCCACCCCUUAAUUUGCAGAAAGAGUAAAGCAGGACCAAUAGACAUAAUUAGGAAAAUGAUAAACCUGCAGGAAAGUGAAUGAUGGUUUGUUGUUCUUCUUUCCUAAACUAGUGGUCCCUUCAAAGGGGCUGGUCUGGCCAAAGGAUGAAAUAAAACAUAAGAUUUCUUCAUUAUUGAUAUUGUGGUCAUGUAUAAUUAAAAUUCAUUUCCAGUGGCCCUCAUGAAGACUUGGAAAUUGAUUUGCAUUUAACUUUUACCUCAUCUGGGAGCUCUUUAUGCUCAGAAGGACCCAAUUCUCGAACUUCGCCCAACACACAGCAAAAUUGCACUCAUCAUGUUUUCUGCCCACCCCAUUCUCUGUUCGAUCAGCUUGCUUUUCUUUCCAAGGUUACGUGUUUGAACACAUUUCUCCAAAUGUUAAACUUAUUUCAGAUAAUAAAUUUCAAAGCUCUGGCAUUUCAUUUUAUAAAGUCCAGCCUGUAAGAAGAGAAAAUGAUGUGUUUGUACAGUGUUCAUAGUGAUUACCUUGGGUUUCCAUGUUUUUGCUUCUGAAGUUACCCCUUUUGGAGGGAGGUGGGGAAAAGGCAAGGAAUGGUAGGAAAUUUGCAAGCAAGUCACUUGAUAAUUCGUAUUUGCACUAAAGGAAUUACCAGUGA